AUGAUCGAAGACGCCCUCAAAAAGACAGUCACUGUCACGCAGACGCUGACAGAGAUCGUCACCAAGACCAUUCCUUACCCGGACCCGAUCCCAACCCAUUCGACAUCGACUUCAACAUGGACCAGCACCUCCUCGGUGGCUCCCAUUCCCACGGUAAUCCCGGACCGACCAUCCAUCCAGGGCAUCGAUACAGCUGCCAAGCGGACAUUAUGGGUUGUUACUGUGCUUAUGGCGCUUUCGUCUCUCGUUUUCUACAUUCUUAGCAAUCGCGUGCAGCUUCCCAAGCGUGUCGUUCACUACCUCGUCGCUACCGCAACAACCGUUUCGUUUAUCAUUUACCUCGCUCUCGCUACCGGACAGGGCAUGGAUUGGAAACAUGACACCUACCACCACAAGCACAAGCACGCUCCGGACACCGAGUAUGGCAUCAUCCGACAGAUCCUCUGGCUCCGCUAUGUCAACUGGUUCAUCACGGAUCCUCUGAUCCUUGCGGCCUUGACCCUUCUCUCCGGCCUCCCCGGCGCAUCGCUCUUUGCCGCCAUUGCCGCCGACUGGGUGAUGUUGGCUACUGGUCUUUUCGGCACCUACGCCCCCAACACCUCGCGCAAGUGGGUUUGGUUUGCCCUCAGCGCUAUUGCCUUCAUAACCGUCAUUUACCACAUCGGAGUCAAGGGAACUCGUGCCGCCAACAACCGGGACUCUCACACCCGCCGUCUCUUCUCGGCUAUUGCGACUGUGGCACUUGUGGCCCAUGCUCUGUACCCGAUUACCCUUGCUGUCGGUCCACUCUCCCUCAAGGUCGGACUCACUGGCGAGACCAUUCUGUUUGCUAUCCACGAUAUUAUCAUCCAGGGCAUUCUUGGCUAUUGGCUCGUCAUUGCCAAUGAUGCCGCCACUGGAACUAACCUCUACGUCGACGGUUUCUGGUCCAGCGGACUCGGCAACGAGGGCGCUAUCCGCAUCAACGAGGAGGAGGGCGCUUAA